GACACUGCGCUGUCGUUCCUAGUUAAGCGCCGCGUUCCGUCCACACGAUAGUACGAUCAAGAUUAAACUAAACUCUAUUCCUCCCCAAGAAAAAAAAUCGGUGGAAAUCCGCCAGUGUUUUGUUCCGAAACGUACGGCUAACAUGUACACUCCACCGUUUAGUGUAAGGCACGAACCGAAACGUAACCGUAUAAUAGUGUAAGCAAAUAGUGAGAAAAAAGUGCUCCACUGUGGCAAUUUCCCAACGAGCUAUCCCAUAAAUCCCCAAAAAGAAUAGAAUUGUUAUUGGAUCUCCAGAAGAAAAUUGUAUUGCAAGCAAAGUGAGAAAAGGGCAAAGAGUUUUGUGCGCGUUUCAAAUUUUGCUGAUCUGAGUUCGUCCGAUUUCGUAAUGUGAAGUGUGGUCGAAGAAGGUGGCUGGUGAUCGCAAUAAAGAAGCGCUGUUACGGAACCGAUCGUUCUGCCAAAGUGUGCAAUAGGGAUCAGAUUGAAGCAAUCUCAAGUGGAGUACUCGCUCACGCAUUGAAAUCUGUAAACGAAAACAACAAAAAAAAAAGAUUUGUGCGUGUGUAUAUGCGCAGUGAGUUGUUUGUGAAGAUUUUCUUCCAACGGUACUACCUGCGGAAAGGACGCCACAACUCUUGGAGGGAAAAGUGCCUUGGGGGCAGGUAUAUCAAGAAUAGCAGCAGUCCCGCAACAUGGGGAGUAACUGCUGCAAAGGCGAAGCAGGCACUCAGGUGUACAAAGGCAAUGGCACGGAAAUAUCGAUCGGUCCUCGUCGACGGAAAAGCCCCGUUUAUGUGGAGAUGAUGCGUGAGGAAACAUUCCAAGUGGAUGAAACGCCACACUAUGGAGCACCAUUUUUCCUAAGGAAGCUUAGCGACUAUACGGUGCUAGUAGGUACGAAGGCGAAACUAUCGGUGCACAUUUCGAACACUAGCGACGUGAAGGUUACGUGGUAUAAAGAUGAUGUGCCGCUCGUCGAGUGUGAGCGAUACGUUUGCACGAGCAAGGGGCAGCUGCAUUCGGUCGAUAUUGCUACCGUUCUACCCGAGGAUAAUGCCAAAUGGUCCUGCCAGGCGGAAAGUUUGCUUGGAAAAUGCGUGUGCAGUGGUCAGCUUACAGUGAGAGUGCCAGAAACUUACAAAGCGCCGGAAUUCGUCGACGAACUGCGCGCUAUCCUCACCAGCCAGGGAACCAUCUCGCUCGAAUGCAAAGUGAUCGGUUAUCCGACGCCGGAACUUCGGUGGUUUAAGGAUUCGAAGGAGAUAAAAGCGGGCGACAUGUUCGGGCUAACUAUCAACGGUGGUGAUUUGGCAUCGCUCGGUGUGUACACCUGUGUUGCCACGAAUUGUGUUGGCAAAAGCAGUUCCAGCUCGAAAGUACGAGUACAGGAGCAGGACACAACGACGAAAGAAAAAACGAUUGAUAAAAUUUCACCGGUUUUUAUCGAAGAACUCGAGAAAAUCAAGGGCAAAAUCGGCGAUCGAUUGGAGCUGCGUUGUAAAAUCAAUCUAUCUGCAGCUCCGUUGAACGUUCGAUGGUACAAUCAAAAUGGCCUGAUCGAAGCGAACGAAAAGUAUUCUAUAUUCGACGACGGUUUGGGUUGCUUUCUUGUCGAUAUCAAUGCUGCGGAACUGUGCGAUGCCGGUGAAUGGAAAUGUGUCAUCACGUGCAAAGACGGUUUAAUUGGCAUUACAACUAAUGUCGUGGAGCUGGACGUACCCAGAAACUAUCGUGCUCCUCGUUUUAUGGAAGGAUUGAAAGCAGUCCUGACAGAAGAAGGACUCGUUUCUUUCGAGUGUAAGGUGAUAGGCUUUCCAACGCCUAUUCUACGUUGGUAUAAAGACGGCAGGGAGUUAAAACCGGGCGAUGUGUACCACUUGACUGGCGUGAACUCGCUUGGAUCGUAUUGCUGCGUGGCUAGAAACAGCCUGGGAGAAGCAUCGAGCACGACUUUCCUUUCGGUGAAUGAUAUUAAAGCACAGCUGAACGAGGAAGAAUGGCUGAACUUGCUACAGGUAAACCAAGCGCCGGUGUUUAAGACAGGUCUGAUCAGCCGAGAUGUAAGCAUCGCCGAACCGUUUAGAUUAUCAGUCGUGGUGAGCUCUGUAUCGAAGCCUACGGUCAACUGGUACAAAGAUGAUCUGGUAGUGGAAAGUUCGGAUAACUAUAAACUAUCCUCCGACGAAAGUACAUAUACUUACAACAUCGACGUGGUCGUUGCACAGCUGGACGAUCAAGGAGAGUGGAAAUGUGUGGCAACCAACGAGUUCGGACAGGCAGGAACGUCUUGUUUCGUGAAGCUUAUCAUACCGAAACAUUACCGCAAGCCGAAAUUCUUGGAAAACUUAAAAGCGGUAAUGCUGCGCGAUGGCACGGUUAAUCUUGAGUGUAAGGUCAUCGGUGUUCCACAGCCGGUGCUAAAGUGGUACAAGGAUGGUACAGAGCUGAAACCGGGAGACAUUCAUCGCAUUAUUACUGGCCAGGACGGUAAAUGCUGUUUGGGAACGUACACUUGUGAGGCGGUUAACUGUAUGGGAUCGGUUAGUAGUACGGCUUCACUCCACGGUUACGACGGUAUCGCCGAUGAAGGUCCAUUACCUCCAGAGGGUGCUGCUCCACUCGUUAAGGAUGCAUCACUGUCCACAAUACACGAGGAACGAACGUCACAAAUGUUCGAUACGGCCGUAUCGUACGAGAGUGCGGCGAGCAAUGGACGUGGGGAAAUAUCGUUCACUUUCGAUGGAAAGGAGGUAUCGGUGUCGUUAUACGAAACACCGGAGCUGACCAACGACGAGGCGUUGCAGAUAGUGCAAAUGUUCGCCGAUCAAUUGCAUCAGAAUAUUAACGAAAACGAAAAUGUCACCAGCCUGCCAUCGUUACGAUUCGUGAAGGAAACUUCUACCUCCGGGCAGUUGGUAAUGGAAGCCCUUGUUAUAGAUGUGCCGGUUGUGGAGGAUAAUAACGUGUUCGAGGAUGAUCGCCGUACGGACUUUGAUAUCGAUGAAAUGCACGACGAAAAUACGUUCACUUUCGAAAGUGGUAUUGCUUCAUCGAAGGUUCGCACGCAUCGCCAAAGUAGCAAUGAACAGGAUGAUUUCCGCAGUAUAACACCAUCCGAUCAUUCGGACCUGGAGCAAGAUGUUAUGUUGAGUAUCCUGAGCAGAGACAGCUUGCCAGUGCUAACGAGUCCGGGAAAAACCGUGGACGUUGCGGCAGGUGAUGAUACAGCGGAACGGCUGCAAUCGUUGGUAGAGACGGUCAUCUUUCAUCUUGCAUCGAUUCGCGAAGAAGUGAGAAGCCAGACGGAUCUUGCCAUCACAGUAAAUUUCAGAGAACGGAGUGAAAAGAUUCUAGCAGACAUCCUGUAUCCAGUGCAGCAAAUGCACAAGCAUUUGACCGGCCCUGUGGUGUUGGAAAAUUUGCUAGCUCCGUUGGAACAUCUGGCACGGGGGUUGAGCGUGGUGGAAAAAUGUGUUCAAAUCGGUGGAUAUAGCCGCACGUUUGUCUACCGCACUAGCGUUUGCAUUGUGGAAGGAUGCGGCAAACAGAUAUUAAACUGUCUCGCUGAUAUGCGCAUACUGGCUGGCCAGCAACUUGAUGCAGAUUUUGUCACGCAACAAAAGAUCUACAUGGCACUGCUGGAAGUGCAGACAAGCAUUGAAUCUGCGCUGGAGAGCAUACAGUCACAACGCAUCCUUCAGGAUGCCGAUUCCGUCGCGGCUAUGCAGGAUUUAACGAGCAUCGUUACAAAUCGUUCCAUCUUCGAAGACAUCGACUUCAUUCUGAAGGCUGACGAACCUAUCGGUGGGCUGCAGAUCAAAAACCUGCAAAUAACAGUGUUGGAAUUCGAAAAGUCCCUUGCCACUAUACUUACGAUCGUUUCUCAGUCUGAAAAUUGUAACGUACGAUCGGAAAUUGCAAGGUUUGGGUUGACGGAGGUUUUACUAGAAUUAAAAAACAAAACAGAAGUAUUGCUAGUGCAGAGUACAGAGCAGCGACAGCAAAGGAUAGUUACAGACGAGAUGAAACCGGCCGUUACCGAACUGAACAGCUUGGUAGAGAUGGUGGAGGUAAAUGAAUCAUACGCAGAGGUGAUCAAUUGUCUCAACGAUAUGUUUGUGCCUUUGGAGGAAAUGAAAACGGCUUUGUCAAAAUUGUCAAAUGAAGUGCGCCAUGUACCCGAAAAGGAGUACAGUAGCAAUCAAGCACUUGAGCAACAGAUUGAAGAAUUUUAUGAACUGAUCGUACAUCUUAAAGAGGAAAUACAACGAACGAGCAAAGAAUACACGCAGAAUACGGAUGUAUUUGUGCGGCUAGAAGAUUGUCUCAAUCGUCUAUUCUGCAUUCAUACCGCAGAUUCGAUUGAUGAUGAGGAAUGCGCAAGAAUGGAGAUAGUGCUGAUACAGCUAUUGAUGAAUCAUCUAACAAAGAUCGAAUUAUCUUUGCAAGAGAAAACUGAGCAAGAAAUGCUUUCCUACAUGGCGACAGCUUUCUUGAAUGUGCAUGAUAAUUUACAACACUUUAGCUAUAUGCGCUCAAACAGUAAAUAUGAAAAGAUACGACAAGAUAUACUGCAACACGCAAGAAAAAUGGUAUUUUACCUGAUCGAAAAGGAGUCCUCCGUUAUCUCAACUGAGGAGCGACGCAAGGCUAUUUUUGAAAUAGCUCUCUUUUCGAUCCACAGCGACUCAACACGCAUGAAAGAUGGAUUGGGAACGAAUUUCUCGGAAAUAUUGGGUGAUUCUGAUGGUUUACACAAUCUAUUAGAGUGCUUACACGAAUUUGAAGAAUGUGCAGCAUCAUCUUUGAAGACCCAUGAGCAGUCCAGUUUUUCUGAUAAUGCAUCAGCAUUUGAGUCUUUGCUAAAAUUUGCAACUACUAUGCGUCAAUGUUGUGAUAUUUUGGACGAACAAAUACUAAGCAAUUCUUACGAUUCUAACAAGGUCAUCACUUCGUUGGAACGGCUUUAUGGUGCAGCAGAUAAUUAUUGUAAUAGUAACAAAAACAAUAUGGCUCAUUUGUGUCAAACUUUGUGCGACGAAUUGAGUUUGGUGAUAAUGUUGUGGAAAAGACGGCAAACUAAAAGUACUGAUGUCAGCGAAACUAUAUCAACUGCUACCCUUGAUUCAAUUAAAACAAGCGUAAUCGAAAUCAGAAAAACAAUCGAAACUAAAUCGCCUACACUGGAUGUGGAACUACCGCUCAAUGCUCUAGAAUACACGAUCAACGAGCUCGUGGGUCAGCCCAUGCAGAUGCAAAGCAUCGAGCUGGUGAAUGCCAUCGCGUCACCGAUCGCAAAGGUGACCGAGACGUUGAAGAACAUCGAUCUACAAUCAGCUCAUGUAGAGCCGACGGUAGUAUUGGAGGAUUGUCUGCUCCAAAUGUGCGAGUCAUUUGAAAAGGCACAGUCCGAGCAUACUCUGGAACAGGCCAAGGAAAGCACUGCUCAUAGCAAGCUGCUCGAGACUGUUACUCAUGUACAGCACGACAUUCGUGAGAGUAUCCAGCUGGAGAAGGACACCCGAGCAAAGGCAUUGCAGAUGCAACAAGGGGCUUUGGAAUCACUGAAGCAAUCGUUGUCUGAUGUCCAACAACUCAUCAAGACGGAGAUUGUGGUGAAAGAUGUUUCGAAGCCGUUGUUCGCUUUGGAGAGUACGAUCAACGAGCUCGUGGGUCAGCCCAUGCAGAUGCAAAGCAUCGAGCUGGUGAAUGCCAUCGCGUCACCGAUCGCAAAGGUGACCGAGACGUUGAAGAACAUCGAUCUACAAUCAGCUCAUGUAGAGCCGACGGUAGUAUUGGAGGAUUGUCUGCUCCAAAUGUGCGAGUCAUUUGAAAAGGCACAAUCCGAGCAUACUCUGGAACAGGCCAAGGAAAGCACUGCUUAUAGCAAGCUGCUCGAGACGAUUACUCAUGUACAGCACGACAUUCGUGAGAGUAUCCAGCUGGAGAAGGACACCCGAGCAAAGGCAUUGCAGAUGCAACAAGGGGCUUUGGAAUCACUGAAGCAAUCGUUGUCUGAUGUCCAACAACUCAUCAAGACGGAGAUUGUGGUGAAAGAUGUUUCGAAGCCGUUGUUCGCUUUGGAGAGUACGAUCAACGAGCUCGUGGGUCAGCCCAUGCAGAUGCAAAGCAUCGAGCUGGUGAAUGCCAUCGCGUCACCGAUCGCAAAGGUGACCGAGACGUUGAAGAACAUCGAUCUACAAUCAGCUCAUGUAGAGCCGACGGUAGUAUUGGAGGAUUGUCUGCUCCAAAUGUGCGAGUCAUUUGAAAAGGCACAAUCCGAGCAUACUCUGGAACAGGCCAAGGAAAGCACUGCUCAUAGCAAGCUGCUCGAGACGAUUACUCAUGUACAGCACGACAUUCGUGAGAGUAUCCAGCUGGAGAAGGACACCCGAGCAAAGGCAUUGCAGAUGCAACAAGGGGCUUUGGAAUCACUGAAGCAAUCGUUGUCUGAUGUCCAACAACUCAUCAAGACGGAGAUUGUGGUGAAAGAUGUUUCGAAGCCGUUGUUCGCUUUGGAGAGUACGAUCAACGAGCUCGUGGGUCAGCCCAUGCAGAUGCAAAGCAUCGAGCUGGUGAAUGCCAUCGCGUCACCGAUCGCAAAGGUGACCGAGACAUUGAAGAACAUCGAUCUACAAUCGGCUCAUGUAGAGCCGACGGUAGUGUUGGAGGAUUGUCUGCUCCAAAUGUGCGAGUCAUUUGAAAAGGCACAGGCCGAGCAUACUCUGGAACAGGCCAAGGAAAGCACUGCUCAUAGCAAGCUGCUCGAGACGAUUACUCAUGUACAGCACGACAUUCGUGAGAGUAUUCAGCUAGAGAAGAAUGCUAGGGAAUACCAUGAUUUUAAAUCAUUAAAAUCAAUUGAUGCAGAACAAAUGAAAUUAUAUGAUAAAACAUUGAAUCAGGCCGAAGCAGCUUUUAUCCACGUAGUAGAGGAAGAUACCAUGAGAAAAAUUGAUAAGGAGGAAGCUAACAAAAGUCAAGAUGAGGAAGAUACCAAGAACAAACAGGCAAGAGGAAAAGUGAAGAAAGAAAAGGAUGAAGAAGUGGUUGUAAAGAAAAAGGCUGAUGAAGAAGCUAAGAAGAAACACGAAAACGAAGAAACUAAACAAAAGGAAGAGGAGGAAUCCAAGAGGAAGAAGAUGGAAGAAGAAUCUAAAAAGAUGCAACAUGAGGAAGAAGCGAAGAGCAAGCAGACCCAAGAAGAACCUAAGAAGAAGCAACAAGAGGAAGAAGCUAAGAGAAAGCAAGAGGAAGAAGAAUCUAAGAAGAAACAGGUAGAAGAAGAAGCGAAGCAGAAAAAGACCGAAGAAGAAACCAAGAAGAAGGCAGAGGAAGAAGCGAAGAAGAAACAAGAAGAGAAAGAGGCUAUGGAAAAGGAGGAGGAAGAAGCAAAGAAAAGAAAGAUGAAAGAAGAAACUAAAAAGGAACGGGAAGAGGUAGAAGCUAAGAAUAAAAAGGCGGAGGAAGAAGCUAGGAAGAAGCAGGCAGAUGAAGAAGCAAAGAAGAAACAGGCAGAAGAAGAAGCUAAGAAGAAGCAACAAGAGCAAGAAGCUGAGAAGAAGAAGGCAGAUGAAGAAGCCAAGAAGAAGCAGGCAGAGGAAGAGGCUAAGAAGAAGCAGGCAGAGGAAGAAGUUAAGAAGAAGCAACAAGAGGAAGAAGCUAAGAAGAAACAACAACAAGAAGAAACUAAGAAGAAGCAACAAGAGGAAGAAACUAAGAAGAAGCAGGCAGAAGAAGAAGCUAAAAAGAAACAACAAGAGCAAGAAGCUGAAAAGAAGAAGGCAGAGGAAGAAGCCAAGAAGAAGCAGGCAGAGGAAGAAGCUGAGAAGAAGAAGGCUGAUGAAGAAGCGAAGAAGAAGCAGGCAGAGGAAGAAGCUAAGAAGAAGAAGGCGGAGGAAGAAGCUAAGAAAAAGCAGGCAGAAGAAGAAACUAUGAAGAAACAACAAGAGGACGAAGCUAAGAAGAAGCAGGCAGAAGAAGAAGCUAAAAAGAAACAACAAGAACGAGAAGCUGAAAAGAAGAAGGCAGAUGAAGAAGCCAAGAAGAAGCAGGCAGAGGAAGAAGCUGAGAAGAAGAAGGCAGAUGAAGAAGCGAAGAAGAAGCAGGCAGAAGAAGAAGCUAAGAAAAAGCAAGCAGAAGAAGAAGCUAAGAAGAAACAACAAGAGCAAGAAGCGAAGAAGAAGCAGGCAGAAGAAGAAGCUAAAAAGAAACAAAAAGAGCAAGAAGCUGAGAAGAAGAAGGCAGAUGAAGAAGCCAAGAAGAAGGCAGAGGAAGAAGCUAAGAAGAAGCAACAAGUGGAAGAAGCUGGGAAGAAACAACAAGAGGAGGAAGCUAAGAAGAAGCAAGCCGAGGAAGAAGCUAAGAAGAAACAGAUAGAAGAAGAAACGAAGAAAAAGAAGGCCGAAGAAGAGACCAAGAGGAAGGCUGAGGAAGAAGCUAAAAAGAAACAACAGGAAGAAGAAACGAAGAAGAAAAAGGCCGAAGAAGAGACCAAGAAGAAGGCUGAGGAAGAAGCUAAAAAGAAACAACAGGAAGAAGAAGCUAAGAAAAAGCAGGAAGAAGGAGCGAAGAAAAAGCAGGAGGAAGAAGCUAAGAAAAAGCAGGAGGAAGAAGCUAAGAAAAAACAAGAGGAAGAAGCGAAGAAGAGAAAGAUGGAAGAAGAAACUAAAAAGAAACGGGAAGAGGAAGAAGUUAAGAAAAAGAAGGCGGAGGAAGAAGCUAAGAAGAAGCAGGCAGAAGAAGAAGCUAAGAAGAAACAACAAGAGCAAGAAGCUAAGAAGAAGCAAGCAGAAGAAGAAGCUAAGAAGAAGCAGGCAGAGGAAGAAGUUAGGAAGAAGCAGGCAGAUGUAGAAGCCAAAAAGAAGCAGGCAGAGCAAGAAGCUGAGAAGAAGAAGGCAGAUGAAGAAGCGAAGAAGAAGCAGGCAGAGGAAGAGGCUAAGAAGAAGAAGGCAGAUGAAGAAGCCAAGAAGAAACAGGCAGAGGAAGAAGCUAAGAAGAAACAACAAGUGGAAGAAGCUAGGAAGAAACAACAAGAGGACGAAGCUAAGAAGAAGCAAGCCGAGGAAGAAGCUAAGAAGAAACAGAUAGAAGAAGAAACGAAGAAAAAGAAGGCCGAAGAAGAGACCAAGAGGAAGGCUGAGGAAGAAGCUAAAAAUAAACAACAGGAGGAAGAAACGAAGAAGAAAAAGGCCGAAGAAGAGACCAAGAAGAAGGCUGAGGAAGAAGCUAAAAAGAAACAACAGGAAGAAGAAGCUAAGAAAAAGCAGGAAGAAGGAGCGAAGAAAAAGCAGGAGGAAGAAGCUAAGAAAAAGAAGGCGGAGGAAGAAGCUAAGAAGAAGCAGGCAGAAGAAGAAGCUAAGAAGAAACAACAAGAGCAAGAAGCUAAGAAGAAGCAGGCAGAAGAAGAAGCUAAGAAGAAGCAGACAGAGGAAGAAGCUAGGAAGAAGCAGGCAGAUGAAGAAGCCAAAAAGAAGCAGGCAGAGCAAGAAGCUGAGAAGAAGAAGGCAGAUGAUGAAGCGAAGAAGAAGCAGGCAGAGGAAGAGGCUAAGAAGAAGAAGGCAGAUGAAGAAGCCAAGAAGAAACAGGCAGAGGAAGAAGCUAAGAAGAAACAACAAGCGGAAGAAGCUAGGAAGAAACAACAAGAGGACGAAGCUAGGAAGAAGCAAGCCGAGGAAGAAGCUAAGAAGAAACAGAUAGAAGAAGAAACGAAGAAAAAGAAGGCCGAAGAAGAGACCAAGAGGAAGGCUGAGGAAGAAGCUAAAAAGAAACAACAGGAGGAAGAAACGAAGAAGAAAAAGGCCGAAGAAGAGACCAAGAAGAAGGCUGAGGAAGAAGCUAAAAAGAAACAACAGGAAGAAGUAGCUAAGAAAAAGCAGGAAGAAGAAGCGAAGAAAAAGCAGGAGGAAGAAGCUAAGAAAAAGCAAGAGAAAGAAGCUAAGAAAAAACAAGAGGAAGAAGCGAAGAAGAGAAAGAUGGAAGAAGAAACUAAAAAGAAAUGGGAAGAGGAAGAAGCUAAGAAAAAGAAGGCGGAGGAAGAAGCUAAGAAGAAGCAGGCAGAAGAAGAAGCUAAGAAGAAACAACAAGAGCAAGAAGCUAAGAAGAAGCAGGCAGAAGAAGAAGCUAAGAAGAAGCAGGCAGAGGAAGAAGCUAGGAAGAAGCAGGCAGAUGAAGAAGCCAAGAAGAAGCAGGCAGAGCAAGAGGCUGAGAAGAAGAAGGCAGAUGAAGAAGAAUCUAAGAAGAAGAAAGCGGAGGAAGAAGCUAAGAAAAAACAGGAAGAGGAAGAAGCGAAGAGUAAGAAAGCAGAAAACGAAGCUAAGAAGAAGAAGGCGGAGGAAGAAGCUAAGAAAAAGGAGCAGGAAGAAGCCAAGAAGAAGGAUUUGGCAGAGGCUAAGAAGAAACAGGAAGAGGAAGAAAUUAAGAACAAGCAGGCGGAGGAAGAAGCUAAAAAGAAACGGGUAGAAGAAGAAAUGAAGAAGAAAAAAGAAGAGGCCAAAAAGAAGGCAGAGGAAGAAGCCAAGAAGAAGCAACAGGAGGAAGAAUCUAAGAAAAAGAAGGAAAAUGAAACCAAGAGGAAAAAGUUGGAAGAAGAAGCUAAAAAGAAACAGGAAGAGGAAGAAGCGAAGAGAAAGAAAUCCGAAGAAGAAGCUAAGAAAAAGCAGGCAGAGGAGGAAGCUAAGAAAAAACAAGAAGAGGAAGAAGUGAAGAGAAUGAAAACAGAGGAAGAAACCAGCAAAAAGAAGAAGAAAGAGGCACAAAAGAAACAGGAAGAGCUACAAGGUAAACAGCGGAAGGAAGAGGAAGAAGUCAAGGAAAAGAAAGAGAAGCGUAUUGUGAGAAAGAAAUUGGAAGAAGAAGAAAUGAAAAACGUCGUGAAGGACAUUACAAAAGAAGAAGACAAACAAAUGUACGAGGUAGAAAAUGUUGUGGAUCUAAACGCAAUCAGUUCGCAAUCAUCAAAAUCUUUGCGGGAAGGGACAAUGCUUAGUGACGCAUUCAACAAUCGGAAUGCAAAAUUGAUUGUAAAAAUCCAAACCCUGUUCGACAAUUUCCAUCAAAUGUUGUUAGAAAUCAAGCGUAUGUUUCUGACCAAUAAUGCAGGUAAAAACUUGUCCGGUGAGCUAAGGAACGUGAAGCUUAGUAUCAUGACCUCCGAGGACCUAGAGUUUUGUGACGUUGAAAUACCCCUUAUGAAGCUUUUCCACACUCCGAUCGCCAAAUUUAUUGACACAUUAUCUCGAAUCGAUCUGUACUCGGAGCAACCCGAGACUUGGAAAGCAUUAGAAGACGGUGUUCUGCAAUUGCUUGAAUCGUUUGUACAGCUGCAGCAAAGAAGCGAGCAUCUCCAAGGAACAGAAUGGAGAACAGUUUAUACGCUCUAUAAAACCAUAACGGUACUUUUGACUGAAACUAGACAAUGCAUUUAUCAGAGACGUUCUACGCAAGCGGAAACUGAGCUUGCAUUGAGCAAAACAAAUGUGGAGCUGCAACUGUUGCAAAAGGAUCUCGAAUAUAUUCGGUUGAACUCAGUCGAUCGUGUAGAUCUUGCAUCCAAAACCGUUGAAUCAUACUUCGCUUUAGUUUGUAACACAUUAACCCUGUUGCACCCAUCUGUAGAGGCCACUAUGAAGAAGCCGUCGUACUCGACCUGUGUAAACAUUUUGCUACAGCUUACUAUUCCUGUACACGAUCUGGUAAAGGAUUUGCCUUCGGGCACGAGCUGGACUGCGGGAUGUGUAACUCCGGCACUGAAGCAUAAUUUGAGACAGUUGUAUCGCAUCGUUUCAUUAAUGUCCCAGCAACAUAUCACCCGAAUACGCAACGAGCGUGAAGUUUCAAUCGUGGAGGAGAUAAGGCGACAUCUGUUGAGUUUAGAUAGGGUUUUAAAGGCACUGCUUGAUCUUCACAGUAAAGUCGAAAUGCAAAAGGAGCUUCUGGAAACAAUCCGUAGAAAUUUGAUUACAUUGAAAAGUGUAAUGAUGCAGGUUAGGACGGAUUACUGUAUACAGGUUCUAGUGGAGAAAGACGACAAGUUGCUGUCAGCGUUCGAAAUGGUGGUUGAAAAAUUGACGAUCAAUCCAUUGCAGCUAGACUCCGUGGAGUAUCUGCGAUUGCUAGCAGAAUCGCUCGAGAAGUACUGUGACAUUAUGCGUAGACUUAGUAACAAUGUAACGAUUUCCGAUUGGUUGUUGCGUUAUCAGCUACAGUUGCUUAAAAUUUUCGACACUAUAGAAUUUUGUCUCAGCGAGGAACAGUUUAUAGUGAUAGGUAGCAAGGAGAAAUACACACGUACCAGCACACAGGAUGCGAUUCAUGCAGUUAAGCAGAUGAUAACGCACUAUAAGAUCACUAGCAGUCAGCAAAUGCGCCGUGAGCAAGCAUCGGAACCAACACACAUCAAGGUUAUUGCGGCUCGGCAGGGGCUCACAGAGACGCCAGAGCCUAUCCCUCGAAGUGUUCAGGAAAGAAGUCCUAGGCGUACUCUGGAUGGUAGACAACAGCGCGCAGACACUGUUCGGCGUCAUGCCACCAGAAGUCCGCUCGGCUUGCGGGACGAUCCUCCGCGCAGCUCGUCCAGAUGUAGCUUGGGAGCUCUCCCGUCCAAACGCGGACCAUCGUUUGCGGUGUACCUGAAGAACGUAUUCAUCGAACGAGACCACAGUUUCAAACUGCUCUGUGUGGUACUGGAUUCCGAAAUCGACGUACGGUGGACGAAAGAUGGUACCGAUAUCACCCAAACUGGACGCUACCGUAUGGUGCAGAAGAACGGGCUCAUUACACUGCAGGUGGACCAUGCCGAGUACGAGGAUACGGGCGUGUAUGCGUGCCAUGUUUUCAACAACUACGGCCAAUCGUUCAACAAAUGCAACGUCGAAGUGUAUGAUACCAGCGAUGAUAUCAUCUGCUCGUCAUUCAGCAUACCGCACAAAAUGGUGAGCUUCUCCAGCCCAUUCGCAAACAUGACUGGUAGACGGGAGCGAAGGUCACGUUCGAAAAAGAACCAGCCGGAGGAACCGGUCCAGGUGGAGGUAACACCGGCCGAACCGACGAUGCUGGAUCUUCUCAAGAUUCCUGGCCGUGGGGAUUCGCCGCGUGAUUUCCGCAGCCUUCAUCGUGAAAAAUCUCCGUUCGAAAUCGGUGAAAGACCGGAUGUGCAGGUCGCGUCGCAGAAAGCCAUCAUCGACAAGGCGCUCGUGAUGGAUAUCUCGGGUGGUGUGACGAACGUGGACGAGUACAUCUCGUUGUUCUUCACCGACUCGUGUUCACUGGAUCCGGCCAGCUGUGGUGACAUAUCGACCGUUAAGGUGGUCGUCGUCGAGGAGGAAAUGGCCGAAACCGAACCACCGAAACCGGCCGAGGAGCACUCCAAAACCGAGGCGGAGGCAGCCGCCGAGCUGGCCCGCAUACAGGAGGAGGAAGAAGGUAAGUCUGCAAAGGAACCGACGCCACCGCCACCGCCACCACCAGAGCCAGAACCAGAGCCAGAGCCAGAACCGGUGGAGGAGGAGGAAGAGGAGGAAGAGGAAGAAGAGGAGGAACCCGAACCCGAACCGCCUCGUGCACCGACGCCCCCUCCACCGAAAGACCCGACACCCGAGCCGGAACCGAUAAAGCCACCGCCCGAGCCCGAAUAUGACUCAGACGUAGAGCUGAUACCAGUGAAGGAAGAGUUCGAUCCGUCGGUGUGGAAGAGCAUCGACAGUCUCGAACAGCAGCUGCAGCAGCAGGCCGAGGCAGAAGCGAAGCCCAGUGCCCAAGUGAAAUCAUCCCGUGAGGCGUCCCGCCGAGAAUCGACACAAGAGAUGACGGAACGGGAGCGUGACCUGGAAUGGCAGCGGCAGCGCCAGAUGAUGCGACCACCAUUGGUCAUCUCGCAUCUGAAGUCGCGGGCUGCUCCGAAGGGCUCGACGGUGAAGCUAACCUGUACCAUCUCCGGUCCGGGCAUUACGGUACGCUGGCUCAAGAAUGGCAAUCCGAUCGAGAAGAGCAGCAAGCAUACCUUCAAGGUUAGCGAGGGUCUGCUCAGCCUCGAGAUCAAGGACAUCGACUCGGUCGAUGCGGGCGAAUACUGCUGCAUGAUCAAGAACAAGAACGGUGAAACGUCCACCAGCACCACGUUAACGGUGUAUGAAAAUUACGAAACCAAACCUACGCCACCGACGUUCAUCUCCAUCAAAGAUGAUGUUUCACUAGAGGACAAGCAGGCACCUGCGGUAGUGGCCAGUGAAGGGCAGCAGGUAGAGGUAGAAGCUGGUGCCGCUGCUCCUGCCGAGCAGCAACCAGCUGCAGCUGCGGGGGAUGCUCCUGCCACCGAAACUGUAUCAAGCGACGCAGCACUUCCUCCUUCCGGUGCUCCUCAACCUACAUCUCCUCAACCUCAAGAACCGUCCGUCGCAGAAGCACCUGCAGCGGCAGCUAGUACUGCAGAGGAACAACCAGCUGAAGGUGCGGGCGAAGAAGGCGAGACACCCGUAGUACCAUCUGAAGCUGGUGGCCAUGCAAAGCACAGACGCUUGGCACCGGAGAAGUCUCCAUCGCCACCACCGAUCGGUGGAGAUAUGGCACGCUACUAUCACAAGAAGAUUCUGCACCAGCGCGACAAGCUGCAGUGGUCGGUGCACCUUACCAACCGGGCCAUCGUGGCCGGCCAUCGGCUGAAGCUGAUGUGCUGUGCUACGGGAUUUGAUCCGACGCUGGAAUGGUUUAAGGAUGGACAGCCGGUCGAGUAUGACGAUCACAUCGUCGAUAUGAAUGACAUGCACCGUGGGGCUUACGGCUGUCUAUGGGUAAACGAUGUCACCGUGAAGGAUGCGGGCGAGUACAAGUGCAAGGCGAAGAACGAGAUAGAGGAAAUCGAAACCGUGUGCAAGUUGACGGUUGUUGAGCCUGUAACAACCGUGCAAACCUUUGCACCGACGUUCGUGCGCAUGGUUCGAGAAAACUACGACCCGUACAGCAACAUACUGACGGUAGAGUUUGUUAUCCGUGCCAAUCCAACGCCGACCCUUACGUGGUACAAAGGCAUCAUUAAGCUGGGUGUCUACCCCGACAGCCAUAUGCGCAUCUCGCAGCACUUUGACGAAACGGCGGAACAUACGAUCGCAUCACUCGUGUUUUACGAUCCCUCGUACACGGACAAUGGCGAGUACAUUUUAAUCGCAUCAAACAGCGUCGGAGAGGCCACGUGCAAACACAUGCUAGACUUCUGCAGCAAGGAGCAGUACUUUGAAUGGCUUGCCAAGAAACGUCCCGGAUGGUUUAAGGCGGAAUCGUACAUACCGGUUGAACCGACACCCAACUUUGGUGCCGAUGAAGAUGCCGAUGAAGAAGGCGAAGAAGAGGGCGAGGAAGAAGAGGAAGUAGAAGGUGAGGAAGGCGAGGGUCCAAAAGAACCGAAAGUAAAGCGGGCUCCCAAGCUUCCCGACGUGAAGGAGUUGCCGGAGGAGGAAAAGAAGGCUGAAGCAGAAGCUGAAGCUCAAGCCGAACGAUCCGUUCAAAUUGUGGUCCCGGAAACGGACCCGACUGCAUCCAAAUCCAAAGAGGCGGAAUCCGAACCAGAAACAAUGUACAAGCGCCGAAAGUCGCGUACGCAAGUAGCGCUGGAAGAGUUUGAACGGCGCAAGAAGUUCGAUUUCGUGUCGCACAUGGCUAAUGUGCGUGUAGAACCGGGCAAGACGAUACGUUUAAUCGCGUAUGUCAAAUGUCCGGAAGAGGUAACAUCCUACUGGAAGAAGGAUGGCCGUGUGCUCGGCAAUGGGUUGCGACUCACCUACACCACCAUGCGUUGUGGAACGUGUGUGAUGGAGAUUGAGAAGUGCAAGUAUCGGGACGCCGCCAACUAUACCUGUGUCGCCAAAUGUCCGACGUAUGGAGAGAUCGAGCAAAGCUGCACGGUAUCAGUUGUUGAGAAAACGGAAAUCAAGGGUGAGGCACCGGUCUUUACCCGUCCAAUGCAAGAAAAGUACGACCCGAUACAGGACGAACUGACACUCGAGUGUUGUGUCCGGGGCGAUCCUGAUCCAGAGACGGUGUGGAUUGUGCAUGGAGUAUUUAUGCGCCACAACACCGGUGGUCGGCUGUACUUCCGGAAGUACCCGGACGGUCGCCAGCAGCUUAAGAUUUUUCAACCUUCGAAAGAGGACAGCGGGCGGUACGUGUGCCGAGCGAAGAACAGUGUCGAUAAGACGGACAUGGUGUACUAUCUGAACUACAAGAACAGCGACGAGGAUGUGCUGAAGGUGUUCGAGGAUGAGUUGCACAAAAAGUCAGAAAAGCCCAUCCUUAGCCGUCAUCUGCGCCCGAAGGAUUGUGAUUACAAUCCGGAGGAUGAGGCCCUGAUCAAGUGGUCCGAGUCGCGCAGUCAGCAUGGGAAGGAUUAUGAUUAUCGGUACAAGCUGCACUUCGUCACGCAGCUGCAGGAUAAGACAGUGCCGGAGGGCUCGAAUCUUAAGUUUACGUGCUACGUCGAUGGAAAGUUCCCGCUGUUCAUGUGGUACAAGGAUGAAAUACCGCUCGUACAGGGUCGCAAGUACCGCCAGAAGACGCGCCGCGACGGCAAGGUUACGCUCGAGAUAGUGAACGUGACGACGGAGGACGCCGGCACUUACAAGCUCGAAGCGCGUAAUUACGCCGGUAGCAUUGAGUCGAAGUCGGUGGUUAGUGUUUAUGAAAAUCCGUACACCAAAUUCGUUCCCCCAAUCUUUGCAAGCAACAUCCUAGAAACCUACUCGCUACACUCGGACGAGAUCGUACUGGAGUGCCGAGUUCGUGGCACGCCGCGACCGAACAUUGCCUGGAUCAAGGACGGCGAGUACAUUAUCCCGGGCGACAAGUACGAACAGUACGAUCAUGCGGACGGCACCUGCAAGCUGAUCGUGACGAGCCCGAGCGAGGAUGACUCCGGCACGUACACGUGCGAGGCGGAAAGUGGUGGCUGCAGUGACGCCAUCAGCCACAAUGUACAGUUCGUCAGCAAGGAGAAGGUGCUGAUGGAACGCACGCACAGUGUGUACCAUCGGAAUCCGAACCUACCACACUUCUAUCAGGGACUGGCCGAUUACUCCAUCCCGUCCGGUGGUAACAUCUGCUUGGUGGUCGAGGUACAGGGUAACUGUGAGGUGCAGUGGUUCCGUGACCGCUAUCCGGUUACCGGCAAACCACCGAAGGUUCGCACGUACAGUGACGGUACGGGCAUCUUUGCACUGUGCAUUACGGCUGCCACGAUGGAUGCGUCCGGUCGGUACGUGUGCCGUGCGACGAACGCGUUCGGCAAGGCGGAAUCCUCCUCGAAUGUGGACAUCAUUAACCCGAACGCGAUCAAGGGCGCGAAGCCACCGAUCUUCAUGUCCCGACCGCAGCCGGAAAUCAAGAUCAGACAGGGUGAUUCGCUUUCGAUGGCUUUCAAAAUUAUCGGUGACCCGAAACCAAAGAUUCAAUGGAUGAAGGGUACGAAAGAUUUGACCAACUCACCGCGUACGAUCAAGGAAGUGCACAACGACUACAUUCGAUUCUCGAUCAAGGAAGCGGUCGUAGCGGACGAGGGUGCCUACUUUAUUGUGGCAAGAAAUCGACACGGCAUUGAUCGUUCGUUUACUAAAGUAUCGAUCAAACCACCGAGGGGCUACAAGAAGCACCUGGAAGACGAUCUAGAUCGGGAUGCACCCGAUAAGGGAAGAAAAUAAAUAAAUAUUAAAAAAAAACAUGCAAAGCACAGCGCUGAAACUUUACACUUGUAGUUUCAUUUGGAAUGUUACAUUGUGUUUUGAAGGAUGCUUUUGCUUUAACGGAGCGAACUAGUGUGUUUUAGAGCAGCUAAGUUAUCAUUAUAUCAUCGUCCAUUCUGCAUCAGCAGUACACCCAAAUAGGGCAUCGAAAUAGUAAUGUUUUUUUUUGUUUGUAUAUGUGUACGUACACAACGCAGUCCGUCAUCGGCGCGUGGAUGAUUCGAGUGAAAGCAUUGCAAGAAUAUAAUUACCUUGAAUAAGUUUUUCUUUCCCAUCCCAUGCCCCGAAUCACUCCCUUCCCUUUUAGUAAGAGAGAAGUUUUUGAGUUUAUAUAUGAAUAAAAAUAAACGAUUUUAAAAGAA